GGCGUUAGCGAGAAGGAGAGGCCAGGAUUGGUCAUAUAUCUCAAAAACCAAAUUGUAGACCCAAACCAAAACCCUUAUCCUCCCUUUUUUAUAUCUUCUCUUCAUCCUCUCACUCUCUCCCUUUCUUCUUCUCAAGGCUCUUUCUUAGCUCCUCUGUUCGGAAUCUCCGCUCCAAGGAUCAAUGGCACCAAGAUCAAGCAAAGGGAAAUCGAACAGAGGGAAAGGAGAGAAGAAGAAGAAAGAAGAGAAAGUGUUGGUGCCGAGUCUGGUGGAAAUCACAAUCUCGACUCCGUACGAAACACAAGUGAUACUCAAGGGAGUAUCUACUGACAAAAUCAUUGAUGUGAGAAGACUUUUGGGGUCUCACGUUGACACUUGCCAUUUCACCAACUAUUCUCUCUCCCAUCAGGUGAAAGGGCAUAAACUGAGUGACAACAUCCAAGUGGUUUCCCUCAAGCCUUGUUUCCUCCGCAUGAUUCCAGAGGACUACCUAGAGGAAAGCCAAGCUUUGACUCAGGUACGGAGAGUCGUAGACAUCGUAGCAUGCACCACCAGGUUCUCCUCCGCUUCCAAGUCUUCCAACAAAUCCCUCGCCGCCGAAAAUGGAAAUCCGGCGCCGGAGGGCCUGGACAUGGUCGCUAUCCACCCCACACCCAGACUCUCGCAGUUCUACGAUUUUUUCUCCAUUCCAAACGUCUCUCCUCCGAUUCUUCAUUUAAAGAAAGUCGAUGUUGAAGAAGCUGGACAGAUGCGUGAUGGCGACUAUUUUGGACUUAAGGUCAAGAUCUGCAAUGGGAAGAUUAUACAUGUGAUUGCAUCUGUAAAAGGAUUCCUCGCCGUUGGAAAGCAGCUCUCACAUAGCCAUUCUCUUGUUGAUUUGCUUCAGAAUGUCAGCAAUGCUUUUUCCAAGGCAUAUGAGUCUUUAAUGAAAGCUUUCACUGACCGGAAUAAGUUUGGCAACCUUCCCUACGGAUUACGCACGAACACAUGGCUUGUCCCUCCUUCUGUUUCUGACUCUUCUUCAACCUUUUCGGCUUUACCAACAGAGGAUGAAAAUUUGGGUGGGAAUGGUGGCGGUCAGGGGAGAAAUGGUGAGUAUGAUCUUCGUCCCUGGGCGGCAGAGUUUUCUGUAUUGGCAAAGCUUCCUUGCAAGACUGAGGAGGAGAGAGUUAUUCGAGAUAAGAAAGCUUUUUUGCUUCAUAACCAGUUUAUUGAUGUCUCUGUUCGUAAAGCUGUUAGAGCCAUCUGCGACGUGACUGAUACUAAUCAACACACAAGUAGAACUAGUGACUACCCUGCAGGCUCGAUUCUUCUUGAGGAACGUGUUGGAGAUUUGUCUAUUAUUGUAAAACGUGAUAUAGCCAGCCUUGACCCAAAGCCUGAAGCUACACUAUCCUCUAAGGAACUUAGUGAAAGGAAUCUGCUAAAAGGGAUAACAGCUGAUGAGAGUGUAAUUGUUCACGAUACUCCGGCUUUAGGCACAGUUACUGUAAGACUCUGUGGAUAUACAGCGGUGGUAAAUUUGAAGGGUGAAAUUAAAAAGGGAUUGACUGAUUUCCGUGAUAUUGUGAUCGAUGACCUACCGGAUGGAGGAGCCAAUGCUCUUAACCUUAACAGCUUAAGGGUUCAGCUUCACAGGUCCCGUAGUGUCGGAAAAUCUGGAGGGAACCAGCCUUCACAGUUUGAUUCGGAUGAUUUAGAGUCGUUUAGAUGUAUUGUACAGGAACUAGUAAAAAUUAACGUAAAGAAGUUAGAAGAGAAAGGAGCAUUUUCCGAAAGGUCCAUCAGAUGGGAGCUAGGUUCUGUCUGGAUUCAGCAUCUACAAAAGAAAGAAAAACCAAUGGAAAACGUCUGUGGAAAGCCUGCAAUGAAUGGUGAGACUGAACCUUCAAUUAAAGGUUUGGGAAAACAGUUUAAAGUUCUAAAGAACAAAAAUAAGAAAUCAGAAAAUGUAAGUACCGGGAAGGAAAAGGAAGAAAAUAUCAGUCUAUGCGAGUUAGAUGGGGAGGCUUAUCUAGGGCAGAAAAGCAUUGAUCAACACUUUGAAAGUGAACUGAAGGAACUGCUUUCUGAAGAAGCUUUCUCUCGCCUAAAAGAAAGUGGAACUGAUCUCCAUUUAAAGUCUAAAGAAGAGCUUACGAAGAUGGUAUAUGGAUACUAUGAUGAAGUUGCUUUGCCAAAACUGGUAGCAGAUUUUGGGUCCCUGGAGCUUUCUCCAGUUGACGGUCGCACAUUGACGGACUUCAUGCAUAUAAAAGGACUCCAAAUGCGUUCCCUAGGACAUGUGGCUAAACUUGCGGAGAACCUUCCUCAUAUACAGUCCCUCUGUAUUCAUGAGAUGAUAACGAGAACAUUCAAGCAUCUUCUUAGGGCAGUUAUUGCAUCUGUCAAUAAUAUGGCAGAGCUACCCGGGGCAAUAGCUGCUUCAUUAAAUUUCAUGUUUGGCCUCCGUGGGUUGGAAGCGAGUGAUAGGAUCUCCAGUGAAGAGUAUUGUCUCAGAUUACAGUGGCUACAGAAAUUUCUCUCCAGAAAAUUUGGUUGGACACAGAAAGAUGAGUUCAAGCAUUUGAAAAAAGUUUCCAUUCUCCGGGGACUUUGCCAGAAGGUUGGGUUAGAACUAGUUCCAAGAGAUUAUGACUUCGAUUCUCCAAAUCCCUUUAAGAGCUCUGACGUGUUCGCCUUGGUACCUGUGUGCAAGAAUGUGCAAUGUGAUUCAUCUGAUGGAAGGACUCUCUUGGAGUCAUCAAAACAUGCUCUUGACAAAGGAAAACUAGAUGAUGCUGUCAACUAUGGAACAAAGGCAUUAGUCAAGAUGACUGCCGUCUGUGGGCCUUAUCAUAGAAAUACUGCUUGUGCGUACAGCCUUCUCGCCGUUGUACUAUACCAUACUGGCGAUUUUAACCAGGCAACUAUAUAUCAGCAGAAAGCCCUAGAUAUAAAUGAGAGAGAACUUGGUCUUGACCAUCCCGACACUAUGAAAGGCUAUGGCGAUCUUUCUGUAUUUUACUAUCGUCUUCAGCACAUUGAUUUGGCACUAAAAUAUGUGAACCGUGCUUUGUUUCUUCUUCAUUUCACUUGUGGGCUGUCUCACCCGAAUACUGCUGCGACAUAUAUUAAUGUGGCUAUGAUGGAAGAAGGAGUAGGGAAUGUUCAUCUAGCUCUAAGAUACCUGCAUGAAGCCCUAAAGUGCAAUAAAAGAUUGCUCGGAGCUGACCAUAUUCAGACAGCGGCAAGCUAUCAUGCAAUAGCUGUGGCUCUCUCUCUCAUGGAAGCAUAUACCUUGAGUGUGCAACAUGAACAGACUACACUUCAGAUACUUACAACAAAACUUGGAUCAGAUGACAUUCGUACACAGGAUGCUGCUACAUGGCUUGAAUAUUUUGAAUCAAGAGUCAUAGAGCAGCAGGAAGCAGCCCGAAAUGGAAUCCCAAAGCUCGAUGCUUCUAUCGCGAGCAAAGGCCACCUUAGUGUAUCAGAUCUCAUGGACUAUAUAAGUUCUGAUCCAGACACUAAAGGAAGUGUUGUUCACAGGAAACACCGGCGUGCCACGGUAGUCCAGGUCAACGAUAAUGUUGCAUCAGCUGAUGAUGCCACCCACAGCGUUGUAUCACAGCAUGGUAUGGCUACAUGGAACGACGUGGCAGAAACAAAUGUCACUAAGCGUAGGACCGAAGUAAAUGAUCCUAAUGCAUUAUUGGAAGAGGCCGAAAUAGUGACAGAUGAUACUGUAAUACAUAGGCUAAAUGUAGACAACCAAACUGUGGAAGAGUCAAUUUUAGAUGAGGGCUGGCAAGAGGCUUACUCAAAGGGGAGAUCUGGAAAUGGUGCUGGAAGGAAAUUUAGACAAAGGCAGCCUGAUCCUAUGAAAAAGAGAAUGCUGCUUAAUAGGAAUCUCAAUGGGAGACAGGAUGUUCAGCAACAGUAUAUAUCUUCUCCGUUGCAGAAAACAACUCUGAGACCCUCCCUCUCUAAGUCAUCAUCCCUCAGGGCUCUGAAGGCUGCAGAGAUAAUUAAGCCACUGUCAAAGGCUUCUGGUUCUUCUGCUGCGACCACUUCUACCUUGGCUUCAAAGGCUCUCUCAUACAAAGAGGUUGCGUUGGCACCACCAGGUACAGUUCUGAAGCCAAUGUUAGAAAAAGUAGAACUGAAUUUGGAAAGAUCUGAAACUCAGAUAUACAGGAUUUCAAGUGCGUCAACUGGAGCAGAAAGCAAGUCCGACUUUGUAAUGUUGGAUUUGCCAAUGGAAGGCACAGAGCUUCCCUGUGAAAAACAAGAAUCUCAAGAAAGUGUUGAGUUAGUAGAAAAAUUAACGCCGGAGUCUGAAGGGGAUCUGGGGUCCUGUCGUGGGCAAAAGGCUCCUGAUAUAAGCAGGAGAAAGCUGUCAGCCGCCGCAGAGCCUUACAGGCCAGGAGGUUUCGUGGUUACUGAUCCGCAAAGCGUAGCAGCAACAACAGGCCACUCCCAAAGUAUGGUUGCAGAGCCUUAUUCCGCUGCUGGAUUUUCAUGUGCGGUUCACUCACGACCAUAUUACAGUGCUAUUCACUCAAAUAGAGUUGAGAUGCCAAGAACCAUGAAUCCAGAUGCACCAGAGUUUGUUCCUAGGAGAGCCGUGCAGAAUAGCUCUCAGCAUGCAGGAAGUGCAUCCAUUGACUCCAGCAGUUGCCUAAAGGCUGAGAAAAACGCAGCUGAUGUGAAGAAGCAAGAGCUGGCGAGGCAGAUCCUACUUAGCUUCAUUGUAAAUUCAGCUCAGAAGGAGGUUGUAGCUACUCCGAGGAAGGAAACGAAGCCUAAAGAUGAAUUGGAAGAUACCUCUGCAAAGGAUAGUGCAGUAACAGAGAGAGUUUACAGAAGAGAAGUGGAGAGUAGAGUGAAAGAAAAUGAGACGAAUGGAGGCGAAGGGUUUGUGAUUGUGGCGAAGAAGAAGAGGAGGAAGAACAAGCAGCGACUUACAAACGAUGUUGCCGCUGGGCUGUACCAUCAACAGUCGUCGGUUUGUGCAUGAUCUGAUAAGUGAUUUUGAUCAAUUAAACAAAAUAAAGCUUCUUGUGAAGCAGAGAAUCUUGUCAUCUCAUUUGUUUUUUUUUUUUAGUUAAUUUCGGGAUUAUGUGGCUGGUUGAUUCUGUUCUUAAGCUGCACUUUCGAUGCAGCUUCAGCCUGUAAUGUAGUAAAUUUUUCGUAGCUUUUUUUUUGUUCUGUUUUUGAGUUGUAUAAUCGUUUGUUGCAUCCGCAUUUGGGUGAUUUUUCUGCCUUAUUACAUACUAGUUAGUGGAA